UUUUUUUCUCAAUUCAGUCUAAACAAUAGUUUGUUUUCUGAAUCCAAAGAAAAACAAGAAAUAGAGGUUUUUCUAUUCAUCUUUUUCUUGUCACUAACCCCUCGAAAAUACUCAGAAAUGGCUGGAAUUGUGGUGAUUUUCGACUUCGACAAGACGAUCAUUGACGUGGAUAGUGAUAAUUGGGUGGUGGAUGAGUUAGGCGCCAAUGACUUGUUCAACCAACUUCUCCCUACCAUGCCCUGGAACUCUCUCAUGGAUAGGAUGAUGAAGGAGCUUCAUACACAAGGCAAAACUAUUGAAGACAUUGAAGAGGUACUAAAACGGGUACCAAUACACCCCAGGAUUGUCCCAGCCAUUAAAUCAGCCUAUGCAUUAGGGUGUGAUUUGAGAGUAGUAAGCGAUGCAAACGUAUUCUUCAUAGAGACAAUCUUGAAACAUCUGGGAAUAAGAGAUUGUUUCUCAGAAAUCAAUACGAACCCAGGCUAUGUUGAUGAGGAAGAAAGGCUUCAAAUCCUACCUUAUGUUGAUUUUCAAACAUCUCCUCAUGGAUGCAAUCUUUGCCCUCCCAACAUGUGCAAGGGUCUGAUAGUAGAGAGAAUACAAGCCGCUAUGGCUAAGGAAGGGAAGAAAAGAAUAAUAUACCUUGGUGAUGGAAUCGGCGAUUUCUGCCCCAGUUUGAAGCUCAGAGAAGGAGAUUUCGUCAUGCCUAGAAAAGAUUACCCAGCCUGGAAUUUGAUAAAGGAAAACAGGACAUUAGUAAAAGCUGAGGUUCAUGAGUGGACUGAUGGGGAAGAACUUGAGCACAUUCUGCUACAACUCAUUAACGCAAUCACCAUUGAAGAGAGACAAUUGUUAUCAGUCGAAUGCAAGUUCCACACAAUGUCAAAAGCAUCUCACGGACCCUUUCCACGACCUCUUCCAGUACCUUAUUAAUGGCAAAAUUGCCCAAGUCAUUAUAAUGAAGAUUCUGACUUGAAUUUGAAUUUUAUUUUAGGUAGUUUUGUGUGGUUUCUUCUGUUGAUCAACAUCAAGAAAGAGAUCAACUUAAAGUGUGUUACAAGUUUUCUGUAACUUGUUUAGUAUCUAUGGUUUUUUGGGAUCAAAAGUUAAGAAGUGUACACUGGAUUUGUACCUGUGGUUUUAGUUCUGGAGAUUUUUUAACAUAUUUCUUAGGGAACUCCAUUAAAGGAAACUCCAAGUUUUAACUUUCA